AUGACUGAUGGAUAUAUUAAAGCCAAGGUCUCAUUUUUCAAAUGUGUUGCCCACCAGGGAGUGCCGACGACGACGGUAGUGUGUUGCCCACCAGGGAGUGCCAACGACGACGGUUGUGUGUUGCCCCCAAGGGAGUGCCGACGACGACGGUCGUGUGUUGCCCCCAAGGGAGUGCCGACGACGACGGUCGUGUGUUGCCCACCAGGGAGGGCCGACGACGACGGUCGUGUGUUGCCCCGCAGGGAGGGCCGACGACGACGGUCGUGUGUUGCUGCCCCCCUGGGCGUGCCGACGACGCCGGGGACGACGACGACGGUCGUGUGUUGCCCCCCAGGGAGGGCCGACGACGACGGUCGUGUGUUGCUGCCCCCCUGGGAGUGCCGACGACGCCGGGGACGACGACGACGGUCGUGUGUUGCCCCCCAGGGAGGGCCGACGACGACGGUCGUGUGUUGCUGCCCCCCUGGGAGUGCCGACGACGCCGGGGGCGACGACGACGGUCGUGUGUUGCCCCCAGGGAGGGCCGACGACGACGGUCGUGUGUUGCUUGCCCCCCUGGGAGUGCCGACGACGCCGGGGACGACGACGACGGUCGUGUGUUGCCCCCCAGGGAGCGACGACGACGACGGUCGUGUGUUGCUUGCCCCCCUGGGAGUGCCGACGACGCCGGGGACGACGACGACGGUCGUGUAUUGCCCCCCAGGGAGCGACGACGACGACGGUCGUGUGUUGCCCACCAGGGAGUGCCGACGACGACGGUCGUGUGUUGUCCCCAAGGGAGCGCCGACGACGACGGUCGUGUGUUGCCCAUCAGGGAGUGCCGACGACGACGGUCGUGUGUUGCCCACCAGGGAGUGCCGACGACGACGGUCGUGUGUUGUCCCCAAGGGAGCGCCGACGACGACGGUCGUGUGUUGCCCAUCAGGGAGUGCCGACGACGACGGUCGUGUGUUGUCCCCUAGGGAGUGCCGACGACGACGGUCGUGUGUUGCCCAUCAGGAAGUGCCGACGACGACGGUCGUGUGUUGUCCCCAAGGGAGUGCCGACGACGACGGUCGUGUGUUGCCCCCCAGGGAGUGCCGACGACGCCGGGGACGACGACGACGGUCGUGUGUUGCCCCCAAGGGAGUGCCGACGACGCCGGGGACGACGAUGACGGUCGUGUGUUGCCCCCAAGGGAGUGCCGACGACGACGGUCGUGUGUUGCCCCCAAGGGAGUGCCGACGACGACGGUCGUGUGUUGCCCCCAAGGGAGUGCCAGGGACAACGACAACGGUCGUGUGUUGCCCCCAGGGAGUGCCGACGACGACGGUCGUGUGUUGCCCCCAAGGGAGUGCCGACGACGACGGUCGUGUGUUGCCCCCAAGGGAGUGCCGACGACGACGGUCGUGUGUUGCCCCCAAGGGAGUGCCAGGGACAACGACGACGGUCGUGUGUUGCCCCAAGGGAGUGCCGACGACGCCGGGGACGACGACGACGGUCGUGUGUUGCCCCCAAGGGAGUGCCGACGACGCCGGGGACGACGACGACGGUCGUGUGUUGCCCCCAAGGGAGUGCCGACGACGACGGUCGGGUUUGCCCCCAAGGGAGUGCCGACGACGACGGUGUGUGUUGCCCCAAGGGAGUGCCAGGGACAACGACGACGGUCGUGUGUUGCCCCCAGGGAGUGCCGACGACGACGGUCGUGUGUUGCUGCCCCCCUGGGAGUGCCGACGACGCCGGGGACGACGACGACGGUCGUGUGUUGCCCCCCAGGGAGCGACGACGACGGUCGUGUGUUGCCCCCCAGGGAGCGACGACGACGACGGUCGUGUGUUGCCCCCCAGGGAGCGACGACGACGACGGUCGUGUGUUGCCCCCAAGGGAGUGCCGACGACGCCGGGACGACGACGACGGUCGUGUGUUGCCCCCAAGGAGUGCCGACGACGACGGUCGUGUGUUGCCCCCAAGGAGUGCCGACGACGACGGUCGUGUGUUGCCCCCAAGGGAGUGCCGACGACGACGGUCGUGUUUGCCCCCAAGGAGUGGCGACGACGACGUCGUGUGUUCCCCCCAAGGAGUGCCGACGAACGACGGGGGAACAUUAUGCGUAAGUUUAGAGGCUUGGGGAUUGAGGGCGAGUGA